GCGACGGCUUUUCCCAGUUUUCUCUCUCUAGAUCGCACCUCACAACACAGUCUCUAUUUCUCGCUCUACGCAUCCACACAUCGGCGGCGGAAUAUCACCGGAAAGCUGCGAAUUCCGAUCAUUUUUCUGCUCGCAAUUUGAUUGAGAUCUGCGAAUUGAUAGACGUCGGAUCUGGAGAAUUGCUGGAUCUGAGAGAUGGCGCUUUCCGGCAUGAGAGGGUUAUCGGUUUUCAUCAGCGACAUCCGGAACUGUCAGAAUAAGGAGCUGGAGCGCCUUCGUGUUGAUAAGGAGCUCGGGAACAUUCGAACUCGCUUUAAGCACGAGAAGGGAUUGUCACCUUAUGAGAAGAAGAAAUAUGUCUGGAAAAUGCUUUACAUUUAUAUGCUAGGAUAUGAUGUUGAUUUUGGUCACAUGGAAGCUGUAUCUUUAAUAUCUGCACCAAAGUAUCCUGAAAAACAGGUUGGCUACAUCGUGACAUCAUGUCUUCUAAAUGAGAAUCACGAUUUCCUGAGAUUAGCAAUUAAUACUGUCCGCAAUGACAUUAUUGGCCGCAACGAGACUUUUCAGUGUCUUGCUUUGACAUUGGUUGGAAACAUUGGUGGCAGAGAAUUUGCUGAAUCUCUGGCUCCUGAUGUUCAAAAAUUACUUUUAUCUAGCAGCUGCAGACCGCUUGUUAGGAAGAAGGCUGCACUAUGUCUGCUGCGCCUCUUUAGAAAAAAUCCUGACGUGGUUAAUGUGGAUGGCUGGUCAGAUAGGAUGGCACAGCUAUUAGAUGAACGUGAUUUAGGAGUACUGACUUCUUCUAUGAGUCUCUUAGUUGCUUUAGUGUCCAACAACCAUGAGGCGUACUGGAGUUGUCUACCAAAAUGUGUUAAGACCCUGGAAAGACUUGCUAGAAAUCAGGAUAUUCCACAAGAAUACACUUAUUAUGGUAUUCCUUCGCCUUGGCUUCAGGUUAAGACUAUGAGGGCUCUCCAAUAUUUUCCAACUGUUGAAGAUCCAAAUACAAGGAGGUCAUUGUUUGAGGUUCUGCAAAGGAUUCUAAUGGGAACUGAUGUUGUCAAAAAUGUAAACAAGAAUAAUGCAUCACAUGCUGUUCUUUUUGAAGCUCUUUCUCUUGUCAUGCAUCUUGAUGCUGAGAAAGAAAUGAUGUCUCAAUGUGUUGCACUGCUUGGAAAAUUUAUUGCUGUUCGUGAACCUAAUAUAAGAUACCUUGGCUUGGAGAACAUGACUCGGAUGUUGAUGGUCACAGAUGUGCAAGAUAUUAUUAAAAGACAUCAAGCUCAGAUCAUUACUUCACUGAAGGAUCCCGAUAUCAGUAUCAGGAGACGUGCCCUUGAUUUGCUGUAUGGCAUGUGUGAUGUUUCAAAUGCAAAGGACAUAGUUGAAGAAUUAUUACAGUAUCUUAGCACAGCAGACUUUGCAAUGCGGGAAGAAUUGUCACUUAAAGCUGCAAUUCUUGCAGAGAAGUUUGCCCCAGACUUGUCAUGGUAUGUGGAUGUGAUUCUUCAGUUGAUAGAUAAGGCAGGGGAUUUCGUAAGCGAUGACAUUUGGUUCCGUGUCGUGCAGUUCGUUACAAAUAAUGAGGAUUUACAGCCAUAUGCAGCUAUGAAAGCCCGAGAGUACCUUGACAAGCCUGCCAUUCAUGAGACGAUGGUGAAGGUCAGUGCAUAUAUCCUUGGAGAAUAUAGUCAUCUUCUAGCCAGACGACCAGGAUGGAGUCCAAGGGAAAUUUUCAACAUUAUACAUGAGAAACUGCCCACUGUUUCGACACCAACAAUUUCUAUCCUUCUUUCCACGUAUGCAAAGAUUUUAAUGCACACUCAACCACCUGACGCGGAGCUACAGAAGCAAAUCUGGGCAAUCUUCAGAAAGUAUGAGAGUUGUAUUGAUGCUGAAAUACAGCAACGUGCAGUUGAAUAUCUUGCUUUGAGCAUGAAAGGUGCAGCUCUAAUGGAUAUACUUGCUGAAAUGCCAAAGUUCCCUGAGAGACAGUCAUCAUUGAUAAGAAAAGCUGAAGAUUCUGAGGCUGAUACAGCCGAGCAAAGUGCAAUUAAAUUGCGGGCACAGCAGCACACCUCUAAUGCUUUGGUACUUACUGAUCAACGCCCUGAAAAUGGGACCCAACCUGCACCCCAGCUUGGUCUUGUGAAGGUGCCUACCAUGAAUAACACGGACGAAAGCACCUCUGGACAAGGAUUAGCACAUGCAAAUGGGACUUUGGCAGUAGUGGAUCCCCAACCUCCUAGUACACCGUCUCCUGACCUCCUUGGAGAUCUUUUAGGGCCAUUAGCUAUUGAAGGCCCACCAGGUACUGCUCCUCAAUCUGAUCCAAGUGUACCUUCCAGUUUGGAAGGUGGUUCGAAUCUAGAUGAUUUAGCCCUUGCACCUGUUGAAGAGCAGACUAGUACAGUUCAGCCAAUUGGUGAUAUUGGGGAAAAAUUCCGUGCAUUAUGCCUGAAGGAUAGUGGUGUUCUAUAUGAGGAUGUCAAUAUCCAGAUUGGCAUAAAAGCUGACUGGCGAGGUCAUCAAGGUAGAGUUAUUCUCUUCUUGGGAAAUAAGAACACUGCCCCUUUAGUGUCAGUGCAAGCGUUGAUAUUGCCCCCAUCACAUCUAAAGACAGAGCUCUCACUAGUACCGGAUACUAUUCCCCCGAGGGCGCAGGUUCAAUGUCCACUUGAAGUAGUCAACCUCCAACCAAGCAGAGAUUCAGCUGUGCUGGACUUCUCAUACAAGUUUGGAGCCAAUCUGGUCAAUGUAAAACUUCGCCUUCCCGCUGUCUUGAACAAGUUUCUUCAGCCAAUUUUGGUUUCUCCUGAGGAAUUUUUCCCACAAUGGAGAUCACUCUCAGGACCUCCACUGAAGCUGCAAGAAGUUGUUAGAGGUGUUAGACCCAUGCUGCUUGCAGAAAUGGCAAACUUAUUUAGCAGUUUGCACCUGACAGUGUGCCCUGGCCUCGAUCCCAAUGCUAACAAUUUAGUUGUCAGCACUACGUUCUACUCCGAAAGCACUCGAGCCAUGCUAUGUUUGAUAAGAAUAGAAACAGAUCCAGCAGACAGAACACAGCUGCGAAUGACCGUUGCAUCGGGAGAUCCAGCACUCACAUUCGAACUGAAGGAGUUUAUUAAGGAGCAAUUAAUCAGCAUCCCUGUUCCUUCUCGAUCACCUGCACCGAUGCCGCCCCAAGCCCAGCCGGUAACUCCACCGACUCCCGCCUCAGAUCCUGGAGCUAUUCUUGCUGGUUUGCUUUGAGCGGGGUAUCAUUCGCGCACAUAGUUAUUCACGAGCGUGUAACCAAUGUUCAUACAAAGCUGCCGUGUCACCCCCCUCCUCGCCGGUUGGGAGGCGUUGAACGAUAUAAUGCAGGGGCUGGCGGAAUCGAGGGUGAAUCUGUAUGUAAUCGGCUGAGCGUUGGAACACUUUGGAGGCUUUCAAGUUUUGAUAUUCUUUUGCACAACUAGAUUUGUGCUUUAGCGAGGGGGUGAGAAGGGUCUAUUCUUGUUUCUUUCAGUUUCUUUUUCUCAAGUGUUGUCUUUUUAUUAUCCACUUCUUUUCUAGUCAGGUUUUACAACAUUGAUUCCUGUAAAAUUUGAAUCACAUAUUGCAGAUAACGGCUCGAGGUUGUAACAAUCAAAUAUUUUGUUUGUGGAUGUGUAUUUGUUUUAACAUCAAUAGUGGAAUUUGUAAUCGA